AUGAUAACCUUACCCGCAAAAGCACAGAAUCUCUACCUGAGCUCUCCGGAUUCCGUAACCUCGUGCUGGCGACGACUGGCACUUCCGUUGUUGACAGAUAGAAAAUCGAUGCAGAUGCGGAUUUCCUCGGGAAUUAACUACUGGGAGGCACUGCUGCCGGUGCCAAGAGAUGUUCGUGGUUGUCGACGGAAAGCUACCUGGACGUCUCCCAGAACGACCAGUCCCACGCAGUGCGUUGUUGCCGCUAGCCACCACCAGAUGUCGUCGUGGAAAACAUCGCACGAGAGAUCAACAGGGGGUGGCGAAAGAGGGCGAAAAGAGAGGAAAGUUGGCGGGUCUCGGAUCAGGGGGGGUUCAGGACGAAGUGGCCAGGAUUGCGCCAUCAUUAAGUCCGGUGUUGUACGACGAAGGAGGCUGUCGUCAAUCGCAGCCGAAACCGAAGGCCAGUGUCCCGGAGUUGGACCAGCGGCCGCAGUGAACCUGACCGUGUCAGGAAGUGCCCGGAACCGUGCUACGUUCCGCGGACAGCGAAGAGCAGGAGCUGCUCGAGAUUUGGACAUCCCAGGACCUCUCGGGUUUAUCCCAAGUUUCCCCCGUGAAACCCCGUUGGUUUCUGCCCUGGCCUUGCCAUAUCCGGCCCGGCAGACCAACCCCGAAACCACCAACCGUCAACCCGUUGGUCGGUGCGUCGCCAAGCCGCCACGUAACCUCCGUGUCCCAAACCCGGACAAUCCCGACGGAGGCGCUGCCUCGUCGAAGCCUGCAGCACCGUUACACGCGCAGGAAGGACACGGACGGCUGGCGAUAGGUCCGAGAAGCAGCAGCAGAAGUCGGAGGGUCCAUCCGACGACCGAGAAGCCACCCCCGUUGGCGUACUGCAGGAGGAGCUCAACGGUCAUCCGGACGGAACAACGACGACCGCAGUGCAGAUCGGGGCCCCGCAGCAGAUCAUCGGUGCACAAGGAAGUAGGAAGAAGGAUCGUGUGAGGUAGGAUCUAGGAAGUAAGGAAGUGGGAAGGGAGACGUGCUAGUGAGGAGUGAGGAAGGAAGUGCCCAAUAAACUGUCGUCGAACCGCGUGAAAUAAAGGUAGUUUUUCCUUAGUUGAUCGCGAAUGUUUUCUUGGCCUAGCGUAACUUCGAGCGUCAUGCCGAUCCUGGGUUUUGAAGGAGAGUCCCAACGGUAUCUGGCUCUACCCAUACUGGAAGCACAGCUCAGCAACCUCAAGUUG